AUGAAUGUUGCUGAUGUGUCUGUCUGCGUGGCGGGAGGCGGAGGGCGCCGAGGAGCGGCGAGCGGAGGAGGUUCGUCGCAGGUGGUGGGUGCCGGGCGGAGCGAGCGGCGGACGAGGACGGGCGGCACCAGGAGCAGCGCAGGUGCUGGGUGGAGUGAGGACGCCGGAGCGUUGUCUUCGGCGGAGCGGAGGGUGAGCCCGGGGACGGAGACUGGGGGAGGAGCCGGAGGAGCUGGGGAGGCGCCGGAGUCCGGUGCCCGAGCGGAGGACCUGCAGGGAGCUGGGCGCGGCGUGGUCAGCGAGAAGGGGUACACGCGGCGUGUACGGACGCUGAAAUCUGCAAAAAAUGGUACAGUCUGCGCAGUGUCGGAAUCUGCAGACCUGCGCAGGCAGGGGGAGAAGUCUAUUAUGAAUUCUGAUAUAGAUUCCAAUUACCCAUCACGAAAGGGGUCUGAUGUGACAUUCCAAAGUAUUAUUACAGACCGAGUUUAUGGUUUGUAUAAGAAGAAUUAG